AUGGCAGCAAACAACAACCUUCCUUUGAGGUCCGAGGACAUCUCCCUCCCCGAGUCUUUUCGCUCCAUUCCGCGAUACCCCCUCACUCUGGGCCCCUCUCCCAUUCAUGCUCUGCCUAACAUGACCGCUGCCCUAGGUGGCAAGGUUAGUGUGUAUGCUAAGCGGGAAGACCUGAACUCGGCCCUCGCAUUUGGUGGCAACAAGACCCGCAAAUUGGAAUAUCUGAUCCCCGACGCCCUGUCCAAGAAUUGCGACACACUGGUCUCCAUCGGCGGUUACCAAUCGAACCAUACCCGCCAGGUUGCCGCUACUGCUGCCAAGUUGGGCUUGAAGUGUAAGCUCGUGCAGGAGAAGUGGGUGGAUCAUGAGGAUGCUGGAUAUGAUAAGGUGGGAAAUAUUCAGUUGUCGAGACUCAUGAGCGCAGAUGUGAGGCUUGAUCGAUCCGGCUUUGGCAUUGAACACAAACAGACGCUGAAGAAGCUGGAGGAAGAAGUCGUUAUGCAGGGAGAGAAACCUUAUUAUAUCCCCGCUGGAGCUUCGGAUCAUCCUCUGGGCGGUCUCGGUUUCGCUCGAUGGGCCUUCGAGGUGCACGCCCAGGAACAACAACUCGGUCAAUUCUUCGACACCAUCAUCGUCUGUGCCGUGACGGGCUCCACGUUCGCGGGCAUGGUGGCCGGGUUCAAACUUCUCGAGAGCCUCCAUCCCCAGUCGGACGGGAAGAAGAGAAAGAUCAUUGGCAUCGACGCCAGCGCAAAGCCGAAGGAGACGUUCGACCAGGUACUCCGUAUUGCUCGACAAACGGCCUUCAAAAUCGGACUCAAAGAAUCAGAUAUCGACGAGAGCGACAUCAUCCUCGACACGCGGUACCACGCGGGCACUUAUGGAUUAGCCGACGAGGCGACGCUCGAAGCGAUCCGCUUCGGGGCCAGAACAGAAGCGUUCAUCACGGACCCAGUAUACGAGGGCAAGAGUCUCGCGGGGAUGGUUGACAUGAUCAGGAAGGGGGAGAUUGCGGAAGGAAGCAAAGUGCUAUAUGCCCACCUGGGUGGACAGUUGGCGCUCAGCGCGUAUUCAGAGAUUCAGUGA